CAUGUAUUGUUUCAAGGAAGAAGAAAAACAAAGGUCAUCGUAUUUGAUGCGUUAUUCAGGGUAGAAUUUCUUAAACACUACAGUAGUCUAAACUCGAGACGUUAGAAGCUUACUAACGCGUUUCAGCAGUCUCAAUCAUGCUUAUUUUCCUCACAAAUGCUGUAGACCAUGUAUAAGAAUCUAACCCCAUUUCCCAAGUAUUUAUAAACAUGCUAAUUGCCAUUGCCAAGCAUCGAAGUCACAGAUUCUAAAUCCUAGGCAAUGGCUGAGCGAGAGCAGGUCAAGCCCUUUGCCUCCGCCACCUUAGGAGGAGUUCGCAGCAGCAGCAGCAGCGACGACGACGAAGCUUUGUCUAUGGAAAUGCAGCUGAGAAAGAGGAGAUAUAUCCAGUGCUGUGGCUGCAUCGCCGCUCUUUUUUUAAUCCUAGCCGCCGUAGUUUUAGUCCUGUCUUUCACCGUGUUUCGAAUCGGGGACCCAUUGAUCAGGUUGAAUUCUCUAACGAUACAGAGCCUGGAUAUUUCAACGAACGGAAGUUUAAAGACUCGUGUGAACUUGACACUUUUAGUUGAUGUUUCGGUGAAGAACCCCAACGCGGCAACCUUCAAAUUCGAUAACGGCUCGACGACGAUUUACUACGGUGGCAGGGUGGUGGGCGAGGGCGUCCAUUUCCAAGAGAAGAUUAAGCCCAGGCGUACGCUGCGGAGAAAUGUGACGGUGGCAAUAGAUCCUGUGAAAUUCGUGGAAGUUCCCGGCUUUAUCACUGAUUUAAUGGUUGCUAAGAGAAUGAAUGUAAGCAGUCAUACCAUAAUUUCAGGCCGGGUUAAUGUUAUGAACCUCGUUAAAAAGCACGUUGUGGUGAAAUUCAAUUGUUUCAUGAAUGUUAGAUUCCCCAACAAUGGCUUUCACGGAGAGAAGUGCAAGCCAGAACUCGAUUUCUAAAGUUCAUAUAUGAUGAUGAUAGUUAUUUGUUGAAGUUGUGGUUAGGUAUGCAGGGAGCACUUGGAUUAGUUUGUUGUUUUUAAUAUGAAACUACAUGUAAAGAGUUAGAAGUAGUGUAAGAAAAAUUUCCCAGUUUUUUUUGUUUA